AUGAAUGGGCAAGUCAAGUCGCCUCGAGAAAGGUUAACUGGCUUAGGCACCAGUACGACCAAUUGGUUUGCAAGCUUGAUCCCUCCUGAGCAAAUCGCUGGAAUGCCAGAUAUUCUUCAUGUCACCGAAGAGACUCACCAGCACCAGCUUCACGAGACUGUUUUGGCGACAGAAGUUGAUAACAAGGUCAAGACUAAGCUUCUCACCAUGUGGAAUAAUGUUAAAUACGGAUGGGCAUCAAAAAUAAAAACAAAUUUUUCCAAAGAAUCACCAGUAUGGCUACUAGGCUCCUGUUACUACAAAAAGCCAGAGGAAGCUCUGUCACUGGACAAAGCCUCGGAAGCUGGCUUGGACCCGGACUCGAGUGAGGACGAAUCUUUGGCAGAAGAUGCGACAAUAAUGGACGAGGGAAUGGACGGGUUCAAACGCGACUUUGUGUCACGGUUAUGGCUGACUUACCGGAAAGAAUUUCCUAUUUUAAAUGGCUCUACUUAUACGACUGAUUGCGGGUGGGGCUGUAUGCUGAGGAGUGGACAGAUGAUGCUCGCUCAAGCAUUAGUUUGUCAUUUUCUUGGCAGAGAUUGGAGAUGGAGGCCGGACCAGAAGGAUGAAAUGUGUUUGCAAGAUGAAGCUACUCAUCGUAUGAUUAUUAAGUGGUUUGGAGACCAGCCUACGGAGCAAACUCCGUUGUCUAUUCAUACUUUAGUUAAAUUCGGAGCGUCCGCGGGAAAAAGGGCUGGAGAUUGGUAUGGCCCGGCUUCUGUUGCUCAUUUACUUAGUCAGGCUGUCAAAGAUGCGGCUUUGAGACAUGAACAGUUUGAGAAUUUGGCUAUUUAUGUCGCACAAGAUUGUGCAGUUUAUUUAGAAGAUGUAAGAAAAGCUUGUGAGAAACCUGACGGUAGUUGGAGAUCAUUAGUCCUAUUAGUACCUUUACGACUAGGCGCUGAUAAAUUAAACCCUAAUUACGCGCCAUGUUUAACGGCGCUCUUGCAACUGGACGUUUGCAUUGGAGUAAUUGGGGGUCGUCCUAAGCACUCAUUAUACUUCAUAGGCUACCAGGAGGACAAACUUAUCCACCUAGACCCUCAUUAUUGUCAAGAAGCUGUUGAUGUUUGGAAAGAUAAUUUUCCUCUUGCCAGUUUUCAUUGUUCAUCCCCAAGAAAAAUGUUACUCUCAAAAAUGGACCCUAGUUGCUGCGUGGGAUUUUAUUUUUCAGAUAAACAGGCUUUUGAUAAGUUUGUUUUGACCAUCGAGAGAUCUCUAGUGCCUUCAAAUCAGAAGGUCGACUACCCGAUGUUCUUAUUCUGUGAAGGAAGCGGAGAUGAAAUAAGACGUGGGUAUGAAGUCACCGAAGAUAUGAUGGCUACUGCAAAUGUAAGUCCCGACCAAUUUCCUACCGAUGAAUUGCCCUACGAAUGCGAAGAAUUUGAAGUUCUUUAG